CCCUGUCAGGGACUUGCGGGUGGUGGUGCAGGAAGAUGGCGGCCUCCUUGAGACUUGGCUGCCAAGGAAUCGUCAGGUCAUUUGUCGCGGGUCUCGGGGGUCGUAGUCGGGGAGGUGCUUUCAGGCUUCUUCACACGACUGAGAGACAAUGGGGGGCGCCAUCUGUUCAGGUCUUUAUGCCAGCGCUGUCCCCCACCAUGGAGGAAGGAAACAUUGUGAAAUGGCUGAAGAAGGAAGGUGAGAUGGUGAACGCAGGAGAUGCCCUGUGCGAGAUCGAGACCGAUAAGGCCGUGGUCACUAUGGAAUCUAGUGAUGAUGGAGUUCUAGCUAAAAUUAUGAUUCAGGAAGGCAGCAGGAACAUACGACUUGGAUCCUUGAUUGCUCUAAUGGUGGAUGAAGGACAGGACUGGACGCAGGUAGAGAUCCCAAGUGUUCAGACCCCUCCUCCUCCAAGUGCCGCCACCACCGCCACUGCUGAGGUGACCGUAACACCACAGAAGGGCCCGGCCCAGCCCGGAAAACUUGGGGUCCGCAUAAGUCCGGCUGCUCGGCACAUCUUGGACACCCAUGGCUUCGACCCCAAAAUUGUUGUCCCCUGCGGCCCUCGAGGAAUAAUCACAAAAGAGGACGCUCUACGAGUCGUGUCACAGAAGGGUGUGACAGCGGAGACAGCCGUGCAGCCGGCACCAGAGAAGGUAGCAGCAGUCACCCCACAACGGCCUGCGCCUCCAGCAGUCGCCCUCCAUCGCCCAUCAGAACCUCCAAUGUCCAUCCCUGGAACGCCCCCGGCUCCGGGGACGUUUACUGAAAUACCAACCAGCAACAUUCGAAAGGUUAUUGCCAAGAGGUUGACAGAGUCUAAAUCCACCAUCCCUCACGCCUACGCCAACACGGACUGCGACCUCGGAGCGGUUCUCAAACUGAGGAAGGAGCUGGCGAAAGAUAAUAUUAAGGUCUCUGUGAACGAUUUCAUCAUCAAAGCCACGGCCGUCACACUCAAACAAAUGCCCGAGGUAAACGUCACUUGGAACGGCGAGGGGCCACGCCAGUUGGAGUCCAUUGACAUUUCUAUCGCCGUGGCAACUGAACGAGGCCUAAUCACUCCUAUAAUAAAGCAAGCCGGCAGCAAGGGAAUUCAAGAAAUUGCCGACACUGCAAAGACUUUGGCCCAGAAGGCAAGAAAUGGAAAACUGUUACCAGAGGAAUACCAGGGAGGAUCGUUCAGCAUCUCUAACCUUGGCAUGUUUGGGAUCACUGGGUUCAGUGCUGUAAUAAACCCCCCGCAGGCCUGUAUUCUGGCGGUGGGGCGCACCCGGACUGAGUUGGCUUUGGCUGAAGAUGAAGAUGGAAACCCAGAGAUCUCCAAGAAGGAGCUGCUGAAUGUUACCUUGUCCAGCGAUGGACGCCUGAUCAACGAUGACCUGGCUUCCAUGUUCCUGGAACGCUUCCGAACCAACCUGGAAAACCCACUCCACUCUGCCCUGCUGUGAGCGAAUGCCCCAGAACCGCCAUGUAUUCUGGUAGUCUUCCCUCCCGAGUGGUCAGAACUUGUAUAGGACGACGGAUUAAUAAAGACGAUUAACUUAUUAGAAA